AUGGAUCAUCUCAAAGCGUUGAUACACCUAAUGAAAAAUAUGACUGUAAUUCAUCAUACCAUCGAAUUAUUUGUUCCACUCAAGCCUCAAAAGACUACUGGAGUACAGCUUCCACUUCACUUGAUCAGAUGUAACCGCAAAAAGAAUUCAGCUUGGGCUAAGGCUGUGUCGAGUGAUAACCAAGCAGAUUGGGACGAAUACAACAAAUUGAGAACUACUUUUGAGAAAAGAUGCCGUACCAUCGUUUCCGGUGAUGGAGGAUUCACUUUGGUUCGACAAGGAAGAAAUAUAUAA